UUUAACCCUUUCCUCUCCCGCGUCCUUACGGUUGAGGAAGUGAAUCUUUUGGGUUGGGUCUUGAAGUGCCGACUUCAAGUUAUUCAAGUUACAGAAAUAACAUUGUCAGACACUGACAGGCAUCUGCUGCGGAGGAUUGCUAAUCGAGACCACCUACAAAAGCAAAAAUGAGUGAACAGCAGCUGGACUGUGCUCUGGAUUUGAUGAGGCGCCUGCCUCCACAGCAGGUUGAGAAGAACCUCAGUGAUCUCAUUGACAUAGUACCCCAACUGUGUGAAGAUCUGCUUUCCUCAGUAGACCAGCCACUAAAGAUUGCCAGAGACAAGGCAACGGGCAAAGACUAUUUACUCUGUGACUACAACAGAGAUGGGGAUUCCUACAGAUCCCCAUGGAGUAAUAAAUAUGACCCACCUCUUGAUGAUGGUGCCAUACCAUCUGUUCGUCUCCGCAAAUUGGAGGUUGAAGCCAAUAGCGCCUUUGAUCAGUAUCGCGAUCUGUACUUCGAGGGAGGCGUGUCCUCUGUCUACCUGUGGGAUUUGGAUCAUGGCUUUGCUGGGGUCAUCCUCAUCAAGAAGGCUGGAGAUGGGUCCAAGAAGAUUAAAGGUUGUUGGGAUUCCAUCCAUGUUGUGGAGGUGCAGGAAAAACCUGGCGGCCGUACGGCUCACUAUAAGUUGACCUCAACAGUAAUGCUUUGGCUUCAGACCCAAAAGGAAAAAUCAGGCACUAUGAACCUUGGAGGCAGUCUCACAAGACAGGCAGAGAAAGAUGAGAAUGUUGGAGAUGCAUCCGCUCAUAUUGCCAACAUCGGACAUCUAGUUGAAGAUAUGGAGAACAAGAUUCGCAACUCCCUUAAUGAUAUCUACUUUGGGAAGACAAAGGACAUUGUCAAUGGACUCAGGAGUGUCAACUCACUGACAGACAUGGCCAGACAACAAGGUCUACAAGCAGAAUUGUUCAAAAACCUCAAAGCAAGACACGCACAGGCGGAUUAGGGCGGGGUGCACAGCUCUCCAUCUCCAUCUCACCCUCCAGUCUCCCACUACUAUUACUAUUACUCUCACUCCUGCUCCCCCACCCUUAUCUGCUUCUCCCCAUAGGAAAAAGAUGCAUUACUUGGCUAUACAAAUAAUAUAUAUGUGGAAAGUAAGAAAUGCAGUAUGUGCCAUAUGAGUAAGCAUGCGCAUGCACAUACCAUGUGCAAAGUUUGUAUGUUGCAGUACAUGAAAUGUGUAUGUGUGCCUUACUUGAACAUAGGUUUAUUUUUAUCUUUUUUGUAUGGGUCCUAUCUGUGUUGUUGUCUCUGACUGUUCCUCAAAGUGAGAAUGUCACACACAUUUUUGGGCCUACUAUGUUUGCACGACAGCUUUAUUUUCAUGCCUUAUGGUUGUUACGGGUUUUAUGUAGAAAUGUACUUUUUUUUUGCACAACCCUCUAUAUAUUGACAAAGAUUCUACUGAACUACAGAGUGAUUAUGGUCAUGAACCUUUGUUUGAAACCCCCCAAUGUGCACUUGAAAGUCAGUGUUUAACUGCAUAUACUGUUACCGCCUGUGGGUCUUUAAUUUAGAUUCCUGAAUGGUAGAAAAAGAAAACACAGAGUUCACUGGUAAUGCCUUUUAGUCGCCACGCUAUUGACAUAUUCAGUGAGUUUUAUUUUAUUAAGCAUACACAGUAUGUAUAGACUAUUAUUGAAAAUAGAAAUGCAUGUCCUGAAGCCAAUAUUAUUUUUGUAUGAAUGUACAUUGUGUUGAAAGAAUGCCAUAAGUCUUGUUUACAUUUGGUUUUAAUUUUUGCUUUAAUGCCUUUUCUGACACAUGAUGGUAGGCUACAGUCCAGGAAACCUUGACUGUAAAGGAAUGCUCUCUCUGUUGCAGUCUAAUAUUUGUUCUUCCCUCUUGGCUAGUGGGGGAUUGGAGAGGUUGCAGGUAUGGAAUAUAGGCACACAUAUUGGGAAAAUAUUUAUCUUCUGAAGGAUUUAUUUUUUCUUGCACUUUGCGUUUUGUGUUGAUGUACAUGUUUGUUGCUUCUUCCAAUGGUAGUGGUUACCUUGUGCUGUAAUUCUAACUUAUAGACACUUGGGGUCAUUGUUAAGUAAAAUGUGUGUGCAUUCAGUUUCUAAACAGGCUGAAAUGCAGUGUAGGUCACUGAAGCUUUAGACGGUAUGGUGAGCAGAUAGGUGGCUUAUAUAAAUCAUUACCUAGUUCAUUACCUGUUUAGUGUUUUGAGCAAGAUAUGUUGGUCAUGAAAGGGUGUCUCACUCUCAGUCAUUCAGGAGGUAAAAUAACAGUCAAAAGUAAAAGUGAAUUAAUGGUGUAUGUAGGCUUACAACACUAGUACAUGAUAUUACAUAGAUGUUACUCCAGUUAUUCCACUGUACCUACUGAAGUAGGGCCUAAACUAUGUUGUUACUGAAAAAAAGAAGAUUGAAAUAAAUGUGCCACAAAUGUGAUCCAACCAGCUUCGAAACAGCUAAUUGUAGUCUGCAGUCACCUGUGUUGGAAGAUGUAGCACAUUUUAUGUCUAUUUUUACUUUUGACACUUGAUGUCAACACAUCCAAAGGCUACAUUCUUGAAUGUUUCUAAACACACCUCAAAAAAGGUAGGCUAAUGUGAGUUUGGAUUUAGACUGUAACUGUCAGUGUGUUUCAAAUGUGGCAUGUUUUUCCAAAACAUACAGUUUAGGUAGAUUUCUUUUCCCCCCAGAAUUCAGCAAGGCUCAUCUUAAGGAGAUUUAAAGUAAAAAUAAAAUAUAUUAUAUGAGGAAGUUUAUAUAAGCUACGCUGGUGAAAGAUAUAUUUUUCUAGUAGUUAAGCCGAUAACAGAUUCUAAACACAGUGACAAUGUUUGAUGUGUUUGUCCACAAUCCAUAUUAUAUGGGCUACAGUGAUGUUCAUUCUUGUCAAUUAUUUUGAUGGAACACGUUCACUUUUUUCCCCAACUAUCAAUUGUCCUGAUACUGUGAAACAAGUUAUUUAAAAACUGAAAUUAAAAAGACAUUAAAAGGUACGCUAAAACA